CAUUACCUUUAUGAACGGUCCACCAUACAUUGACAUGUGAAAGCUGGAAAAAUUCAACCGCUAAUUUGCAAACAUCAAUCAUUGUUGAUCAUGUCUUCAUCAAAUGAUGUAAUGGACACAGAAAUGUAUAAUGAAAAAAAUCGAAUAAAAUCCUUUGAAAAUUGGCCACAUGAUACGGGAAACAUUACAAAAGAAGUGAUGGCCAAAAAUGGAUUUUAUCAUCAACCUGAUCAUAUCGAUAAUGGUGGCUAUGAUCUGGUUCGAUGUGUUUUCUGUGACAUCCAUAUCUAUGAAUGGCAACCAAAUGAUGAUCCGAAUGUUGAACACCAGAAAGCGAAUCCAGAUUGUUUAUUUGCCAAAUUAAACAAACCACAAACGAAUUUAACACCUAACGAAUUUAUGGAAAUUGUUGAUGAAAAAAAUUCGAUUAAAAUUAAACAAUAUUUUGAAAUGUCGAAAAAAAUUCAGAUUGAACGUAUCGAAAAAAUUAAAAAUAUUAUGAAGAAAUUAUAAUUAGAAUUUGACGAUUGAAAAUAUUUUGAAACAUGCAAAUAUAUGAAAGAUAAAAUAAAAUAAAAUAAAAUGGUCCAAUAAAAUUUU